UAUCUUACAUUGGGUUACUACACGCCAUCAGAAGACUGUGCAACGGCUAUCUGCCUGCAACAUGAAGCUAGCAAAUCUGCGUAAAACUGACGUUAAAUAGCUAGCUAGCUAUUACGGUGUAGUUUACCUAAUCUUAGCUAACCAGUGUGUGUUUAUGUUGUGAUUGUAAAAGUCUACUAUAUUUUGUUUAUAUCUGUAUAACAGGCAGAGUUACAAAAUGCUGCCAGGCGUGUUGUAGACUUGUUAAGAAGUGCCUUGGCUAAAGAAGAUGAGCCAUCUUCUCAAAACCGCAAGUAUGUUGUGAAACUUGUGUGAGAUGACAUAGCAGACAGCAUGUUCCAUUUCCAUAAGCUAUAUAGAUUACUUCUGUACAGCUGUUUAAAACAAUACAAGAUGACAUAAACAUGGCGGGCGGAGGCACUUUUAUGUUUCAAUGACACCUUUAUAGUUCAUAUUAUUUGCAGGCCUGGGAACUAUGUUGUUAAUGUAUAAAUCAAUAUGAUCUAGAUAGACUUACUAUCUUCAAUGUAUUGCUCAGUAUAUUUAGCUCCUAGGGUCUUAUAGACAAGUUUUGAAUUAUUUUCACAGAUGAAGUACAGGUUCAGGGCAGUAGGCAACAGACAGCCUGCUACACAGGGACAGCCGCUGUCUGCCCUUGGCAGUAGGAAGCAGGCUGGAACAAGGCAGCGUCAGGUAGCCCAGGGGUGGCAGCAGAGGACCCCUGGCUGUCCUACAGCAGGAAAUACAGUGGAGCACAAUAUGGCCAGGUUUGGAACUGCUGUAGGAAAUUAAGUUUGUUCUUAUGAUCAGUGUGAGGGUACAUCGUUGUCAUCCUCAACUGAGGGGUCUUUGCGUUAACUUCUCAAUCAAUUAUAAUUCAGGGUCUUGUUAAAUUGGAACAUUAGCUCUCGAGAAUUUUUAGAAUUGAUAUAUUAUACAACAGCUUCUUCGUGCCUUUUUAAUCUUACACAUUUCCUUUCAACUCCUCAGGGCUUUCCCUGGGCUGUUCAAAUCUGGAAAAAGCUAUACGCCAUCUCCCAAAAGAAGGGCUGUCAGGUCAACGUCAAUCCAGUUUUUUCUGCUGAAUAAAUGCACAGGUCAUACACCGAAGUCCUCUGAUGAGAUGCUCCUUCUUCGGGCUGGACUUGGCAGGAGGACUAUAGGUAUUCCGGAAACUGCUGACCACUCCCAGAUAUCAAUGAUACUGAUGGAGACAUAUUCCAAAAUGGUACCACUGGAAGGGGCCUGGAUGCUCCAUAAGGCUGCUGGAGGAUCAGGCCAGCGGAAACUGAGUGUUUUGGCACCUGAGGCAGAAGGAUACACAGGGGCCUACCUUACCAAAGCUUUUGGGGGAAAGAGCUGUCUCUAUAUUAUGCCUAUCCAGGACACCUUGGACACCUCCCCCUUGCCCUACUCAUCCAAGGAGUUUGAAAAAAUGCCAAAAGCGCGAUGUGCCAGUUGUCAUCUGAACUUGCCUGUUCAGCUGCUGGCUUUGCAUGCGAUGGAAUGUCAGCCGGAAAGUUGUUCUUCUUUUGAACCGAAUUUGGACCAUGACGAUUGUGAGGAGUCUCCAGCUUUGAGCAAUCAUGGGAAUGCAUCUCCAGGUGUGCUCCCUUGUAUAACCUCUCACAAAAUGGAUGCUAAGGUGGCCUGUCCAUUGUGCUCAGACUUUCCUGAGUAUUUUGUUGAAGUACAUGCCAGCACCUGUGGAGAAAGGUUUGUUACUAUUAUGUCCUUAUAUUUUUGA